AUGUCGCUCGCAGCGGGCGUUAUUCGGCGGCUGGACGAGACGGUGGUGAACCGCAUCGCGGCAGGGGAAGUUAUCCAGCGGCCGGCUAAUGCCAUCAAGGAGAUGAUCGAGAACUGUUUAGAUGCCAAAUGCACAAGUAUACAAGUGGUUGUGAAAGAGGGAGGCCUGAAGUUGAUUCAGAUCCAAGACAAUGGCACCGGCAUCAGGAAAGAAGAUCUAGAUAUUGUAUGUGAGAGGUUCACUACAAGUAAACUUCAGUCUUUUGAGGAUUUAGCUAAUAUUUCUACCUAUGGCUUUCGCGGUGAGGCUUUGGCUAGCAUAAGCCACGUGGCUCAUGUUACUAUCACAACCAAAACAGCUGAUGGGAAGUGCGCAUACAGAGCAAGUUACUCCGAUGGGAAGCUGAAAGCGCCUCCUAAGCCGUGUGCAGGCAAUCAGGGCACCCAGAUCACGGUGGAGGACCUUUUUUACAACAUUGCCACGAGGAGGAAAGCUUUGAAAAAUCCAAGUGAAGAGUACGGGAAGAUUUUGGAAGUUGUUGGCAGGUAUGCAAUACACAACUCGGGCAUCAGUUUCUCAGUGAAAAAACAAGGGGAGACCGUGGCCGACGUGAGGACGCUGCCCAGUGCCACCACCGUGGACAACAUCCGCUCCGUCUUUGGCAAUGCUGUCAGCCGAGAGUUGAUAGAAGUUGGGUGUGAGGAUAAAACACUUGCCUUCAAAAUGAAAGGCUACAUCUCCAAUGCCAACUACUCGGUGAAGAAGUGCAUCUUCUUACUCUUCAUCAACCAUCGUCUGGUGGAAUCAACUUCCUUAAAAAAAGCCAUUGAAACGGUGUAUGCAGCAUAUUUACCCAAAAACACACACCCGUUCCUGUACCUCAGUCUAGAAAUCAGCCCGCAGAAUGUGGAUGUCAACGUGCACCCCACGAAGCACGAGGUCCACUUCCUGCACGAGGACAGCAUCCUGGAGCGGGUGCAGCAGCACGUGGAGAGCAAGCUCCUGGGCUCCAACUCCUCCAGGACCUACUUCACGCAGACGUUACUGCCCAGUCUUGCUGGCCCCUCUGGGGAGGUGGUUAAAUCCACAACAGGCGUGGUGCCCUCGUCUGCUUCUGGAAGUGGCGACAAAGUGUAUGCCUACCAGAUGGUCCGCACUGACUCCCGGGAGCAGAAGCUCGAUGCCUUUCUGCAGCCUGCGAGCAGAGUCAGCCAGCCCCAGGCCGCUGUCCCGGAGGACAGCACGGGCCCCGCCGGGGCCAGGCCACAAGACGAGGAAAUGCCCGAGCUUCCAGCCCCUGCCGACCUGGCUGCCAAGAGUCAGAGCUCGGAGAGGAUCGCAACAAAGGAGACUCCGGAAACUUCAGAGAAGAGAGGGUCCCCCUCCGGCCCGGACAACCCAAGAAAGAGACACCGGGAAGGCUCCGAUGUGGAGAUGGUGGAAGAUGAGUCCCGGAAGGAAAUGACGGCAGCCUGCACCCCCCGGAGAAGGAUCAUCAACCUCACCAGUGUUCUGAGUCUCCGGGAAGAGAUUAACGAGCGGGGCCAUGAGACCCUGCAGGAGAUGCUGCACAACCACUCCUUUGUGGGCUGUGUGAACCCGCAGUGGGCCUUGGCACAGCACCAGACCAAGCUAUACCUUCUCAACACCACCAAGCUGAGUGAAGAACUGUUCUACCAGAUACUCAUAUAUGACUUUGCCAAUUUUGGUGUCCUGAGGUUAUCGGAGCCAGCCCCGCUCUUUGACCUUGCCAUGCUCGCUUUGGACAGCCCCGAGAGUGGCUGGACAGAGGAAGAUGGUCCCAAAGAAGGACUUGCCGAAUACAUUGUGGAGUUCCUGAAAAGGAAGACUGAGAUGCUUGCAGACUACUUCUCUUUGGAAAUUGACGAGCAGGAAGGGAACCUGGUUGGAUUACCCCUUCUGAUCGACAACUAUGUGCCCCCGUUGGAAGGUCUACCGAUUUUCAUUCUUCGACUCGCCACUGAGGUGAACUGGGACGAAGAAAAGGAAUGUUUCGAAAGCCUCAGUAGAGAAUGUGCUAUGUUUUACUCCAUCCGGAAGCAGUAUAUAUCCGAGGAGUCGACCCUCUCAGGCCAACAGACGGAAGCGCCGGGCUCCGCUCCAAACCCGUGGAAGUGGACUGUGGAACACGUCGUGUAUAAGGCCUUCCGCUCACACCUCCUGCCUCCCAAGCACUUCACAGAAGACGGGAACGUCCUACAGCUUGCUAACCUGCCCGAUCUGUACAAGGUCUUUGAGAGAUGUUAA